AUGUGAGAGGGUUGAGUUGAAAUAACACAUCAUCGCUGAAGCAGUAAUAACCUCUGUAUGAUGAAGUUGUUUGACUCAAGACAGAAAAAACAUUUAUUUUAAAAUGAGGAAGUACAUGAGUUCUUUGCAGUUUAAGCAACAUACAAAAGAAGAAGCAGAUCACAGAAACCACCAGUAAGACAUCCAUCACACUCUGAGUGAAAUAUGGCCGUCUAUGAAAAUGCAUCAGAGAUCACUGUGGAGAUGAUGAACCUCUCUGAUGCUUCAGCCAGGACUGCUGCCUCCAAGAGUCACAGUGAUGAAGAUGGUACCACAGGGCCCGGAGGAAAACUGCUCAGAUGUGUUGCCGUGAGCUUUUGUCUCCUGUGUGUCCUACAAGUUGCUCUAAACAUUUCCCUCCGUCUUGCUCUCUCCCCUCCACCAGGGAUUGAUGCCAGUUUCAAAAAUCUGACUGAGGAGAGAGACGAGUUGAGGAGCAUCAACCUUCGUACUGAGGAGAAUUAUAAAAUCCUGACUGAAGAGAGGGAUGAGUUGAAGAGGAAGUUGAGUAACUUUGCUUCACAGCAGAGUUCCUUGACUGAAGAGAGAGACGAGCUGAAGAGGAAGCUGAAUGACUGUGCUUCACAGCAGAACUCCUUGACUACAGAGAGAGACAGCCUGAAGAGGAAACUGAAUGACUUUGCUCACUAUUCAAACCAAGGAUGGGUGUAUUUCAGUGGUAGUUUCUACUAUAUUUCUUCAAUCAAGGAAACCUGGCAAGACAGCAGAAAUGACUGUGUGCGAAGAGGUGCAGACCUGAUGAUUAUUAACAGCAAUGAGGAACAGGAAUUCACAAGAAAAUACCGACAGAUAAUGUGGAUUGGACUGACUGACAGAGAGACAGAGGAGGUAUGGAAAUGGGUGGAUGGCACUUCACUGACAACAAGCUUCUGGCACACCGGGGAACCAAACAAUUAUGAAGGCACAAAUGAAGACUGUGUGGCAGUAAACUACCAUGAUUACAAAAACAGCUGGAAUGAUUUAGAAUGUAUAAUUAAAAACUUCUGGAUCUGUGAAAAGAAAAUGACUCUGUAAAUCUGGACACAAACAAACCGAUGUUGUUACAUCAUAAAACAGAUUUAUUUUCAACUGUGAUUUGUAAUUAAUUAAAGGCACAAAUAUGUUUUGAUUUGGGCCAGCUGUAGAAAAUGUUCACAUUAUUUGACUAAAAAAAUAUCAGUCAAGGAGGUUGAUUAGACACUAUUGAUUACAUUACAUUAUAAUGCUUGAAGAUAAUUUUUGAAUUAUUGCAUGUGAUUAUUAUCAAAUUCUAGGCUAGCAAGAGUAGUGCAACAACAGCAAAUAAAUAAGUCCAGGGGCAUGCUCCUCCAGUAGAAAUAUAUUUGUAGAUAUUUGAUUUGAAGGCAUCAAUCUGGUGAAUUCUGAGAGCCAAGUUAUGCUUUUAAUUUUAAGUUGUGCUUUUAAUGUGUGAAAAAUGUUCUAUUUUUAUUGAUAAACACACUAGUUGUAUGUUAUGGUGAAGGGUUACACUUAAAAUACGGCUAAGGAUUAGUGGUUAAACAUUUCAGUAAUCAAAAGAAAAAUGACUUAACGUACAUGUGGAGGGCUGAUUUAUUUUAUUUAUUUAUUUUUUUUUUCAUUUUAGCUCUUUAGAAACUACCGUUACAUUAUUUGGCGCUACGGACGCUUCAUAUCCAGGCCUAUAGAUCAGGGGUCUGUUUCACAAAGCAGGUUUAGUGAAAACUCAGAGUCUGUUAACCCUGAAAUGAGUUUUCCAUUUCAAAAAAGGAGGUAACUCAAACCAGAGAAAGAGGGGUAACUUUAGCCUGUUUCAGAGAGAGGUAACUUAAGCUCUCGGUCAGUUACCAUAGUAACAGACUCUAUGAACCUAACCUGGUCGGGACCAGGUUUUUCUUAAUGAACCUUGAGUUUCUCUCUGUCUCCACCCUCUUUCAGAGCCACACACUCCAUUUGAUUUCCUCAUUCAUUCAGUCAGCAGGCGAGUUUUGGAGUAGCCUAGUUCUGCCGUUUGUCAUUUUAAAAAAUCAUUAAAAAAAUCGGAGUCAGUAUAUUAAAAGUCCAUUAGACACAGUAGGUGGCGAUUUUUUUCAUGUCUUUUUGAUAACGAUCCCGUAGAUGAAGGUGCAGCAUUACUGCGCAGAGAAUUAAAUAUUCGUCGGGAGAUGGUUAUCAGACCGCACAUACAGUACAGGCCAAAAGU